CUUCGUCUACAAUUUUUGUGAACAUGUCUCUCAUUAGAUGAUAGGUCGGGAUCCCAACCAAUCAAUGGCAGAUCGAGGGUACAGGCAUAGAUAAGAAGAGUAGGACCAAAUUACCAUCUGCGUUUGGCUGGCUUGGGCAGUGGAAGAGAGGAGGAGACAACUCUCUCGCUCUCUCUCUUUGAAGAUGGGAGCUGGAGAAGGAAUGUCGCAAGGGGUGAAAACAUCCAAGCCUCAUCAACAGGAGCAACAGCAAUCAGCAAACUCGUUCAGUGAAUGGGCCGCAGCAUUUCAGGCCUAUUAUGGCUCGGGAGCGCAGCCUCCGCCUCAUGGUGCAGGGUACUAUGCGCCCGCUACUUCGGGUCCACAGGCACAUCACCCCUAUAUAUGGGGUGGACAGAUGAUGCCUUAUGGCGCCCCUCCACCUCCUUAUCCGACAAUGUAUCCAGCAGGAGCUAUGUAUCAUCCCUCUAUCUCUCCGAGCACACAUCCCUACGGGCAAUUCAGUACGGGAACCAUACCAACACCGACUUCACCGGGAACGACAGACGGACCAACUUUGCGAGGGAAGGUGCCAGCAAGUUCGAAUGGAGAAGCAAAGACUGCAGAAGGGAACGGUUCGGGCUUUCCUUUUGGAAAUUCGGUAAAACGCUGUAAGAGCAACGCUGCCCUUGUCCCCUCAGCAAGUGCAGGAGACACUGCAAAGCCAGGGCACAACUCCGGCGAUGCCAUGUCUAACAGUGGAGACAGCGGAGGAAGUGAAGACAGCAGCGAUAGUGAGGACGAACCCGGACAAAAUGGAUCGCUGGCUUACAGAAAGAGAACAUACGAUCAGAAUAGUGCGGAAGCUUCAGCAAGCGUUCCUGGGCAUGGAAGCACAAGGUCAGGGAGUAUAGUCGCCGCAGGCAAUGGGGGCCCCACGACGACACUUGGAGUUAGUAUGGACUAUUGGCAGAAUAGCACGGCGACAAGUACACCGAUUACCGCUGCUACUAGUACGAAAUCCGCGAUGGUGCCAAAGAGAGCUGUCACAACGGGGGCAGUCGUGCCGAUCCCUCCUCCGCCUCCACCUCUACCACCGCCAGCGCCUUCAUCAAUGACGUCACUUGUGCCCGCCCCCACAUCGCAUGACGGACUCCAGGACCUCUGGUACCAGGAUGAGAGAGAAGUCAAACGGCAACGGAGGAAGCAGUCCAACAGAGAGUCUGCGAGAAGAUCACGGCUGAGAAAACAGGAAGCGGGGGCAUACCCAGUGGAGUGAUCGCACGAGUGCCAGUCCUCGGAGUGUGCAACACAUGAAGUGGGGGCAUGCCUGGACUGAUCGCAAGAGUGCCAGUCCUCGGAGUGUGCAACGCAG